AUGUCUUGUCUGAGAAGAUGCAAGCACUCACAAAUAUUUUUGCAGGUCCGCUACGCCCCCGCCGACCGCAUUCCCAGCGCCAAAUCGGCAAAGAGCCGUGGCAGCUACCUCCGAGUCAGCUUCAAGAACACCCGCGAGACCGCCCAGGCCAUCAACGGCUGGAAGCUCGAGCGCGCCGUCAAGUACCUCGAGAAUGUGCAGGAAUUGAAGGAGGCUGUCCCGAUGAGAAGAUAUGCCGGCAGCACCGGCCGAAGCGCACAAGGCAAGCAGUUUGGUGUUUCCAAGGCCCGUCACCCAGUCAAGUCGGCUGAAUUCCUCCUCGGUCUGCUCAAGAACGCCGAAGCCAACGCCGACACCAAGGGACUCGACACCUCGAACCUGAUCGUCAAGCACAUCCAAGUCAACCAGGCCCCCAAGCAGCGUCGCCGAACGUACCGUGCCCACGGCCGUAUCAACCCAUACAUGUCCAACCCGUGCCACAUCGAGCUGAUCCUGACGGAAGGCGAGGAGGCCGUCACCAAGGCCGAGGAGUUGGGUGUCUCCCAGAGACUGAACUCCAGACAGCGAGGUGCUCAGAGACGGAAGGCCAUCGCUUCCUCAUAG